ACACGGUUGUCGCGAUUGUUGGUACCGCGUACUCUAUAUAGAUAGUGUAUACUACAAACUAUCGUAUCGAUUUCGCGACAAUGCUCACGCCACUAUUGUAAUUUUUUUUUUUUGUCGAAUCAUUCCACCUCCACCCCGCACCCGUGACCGCCGUGUACUCAUCCGAGUCUGAGUGCCGGAUAGCAUAGGUUCCCGGCUAGCGGCUGUCUCCAACAACGAACACCAAAGCCUGGAGCCGGCUACUCUAUUUAUUUAUUUUUUAUUAUUUUACAAUUACAUUGCUAAAAUGCAUUAUUGUACGUUUGAUUGAAGACUGAAGAGUGAAGAAGACUGAACUAUAACCUAACCGCAAACGCAGCUCGUCAUUUAAUACUAGUCGGUUAACAAUAAAUUUAUGAUGGUGGACAACAAUAAAUCCGAUCAGCAGAAACUCGAGCUCUGCAGAAAUUACAGAAAUGAUCUGAGUUCACUAUCUACUGAAAAAGCGAAUGAAGUAGUAAGAAGAUCGCUUAAAAUUUAUUAUAACAUAGAAAGUUUAAAAACUACAAAGUUGUUUAAGUACAAAAUCAAUGAGUUUAUUGAAGCUCAUAUGUAUAUAAUAGACCAAGAAGUUCAAAGAUUUUUAAAAAAACCAAAACCUUACGAAGAUGAACUUACUGUAGAGUCUAUAUAUUCUGGAAUGGCGGGUGUUGCCUUGCUGUAUAAUUUUUAUGCUAGCAAAACACAAAACAAUAAUAAAACUGUAGAGGCUAAGUUGAUUAUCGAAAAAUGUAUAUCAAUAUUAGAUGGAAAUUCUGAUAGCGUAACAUAUUUAACUGGAAAAUCUGGCAUAUUUGUAACAGCUACUGAAAUUUAUCGAGAUCUUGGCGAUAUUGAAAAUGCAAACAAAAUGAUUCAAAAAGUUGUAAAUUUGUUGCCAUUAGCAUUGAAUGAAAAAAUGCCUGAUAUUUUAUUUUAUGGACGAGCUGGAUAUCUAUAUUCUUUACUAUUACUUAAAAAGCUCGGAUGGGAUGAUCGAGAUAGCGAUAAAUUGAUACGAAAGGUUGUGACGGCGAUUUUAGACAAUGGUGUACGGGCAUGUGAAAAAGAUAAACCAAAAAAAACUUCUCUCAUAUACAAAUGUUACAAUAAAAAAUACUUGGGGGCAGCUCAAGGUUUAUCGGGUGUUCUACAUUGUCUUCUUCUAGCUAAGGCUUAUCUUACCAAAAGGGAAUUAGACAGUCUUAUUAAGCCAGCUCUCGACUACUUAUUGACAUUAAGGUAUCCAUCUGGAAAUCUACCAUCUUCUCUAUGUAAUGAUCCAGAUCAUUUAGUUCAGUGGUGUCAUGGUGCUUCUGGUGUCUCACAUACUUAUGCACUAGCUUAUAAAAUUUUUCUAGAUGAGAAGUACCUAGAAGCAGCAGAAUUAUACGCUAGUGUUGUUUGGGAACGUGGUUUAUUAACUAAGGGAUAUGGACUGUGUCAUGGCGUUAGUGGAAAUUCCUAUACUUUUAUGUCACUCUUUCAAUUAACUGGAAAAUCUAAAUAUUUGUAUCAAACUGCAAGGUUUGUUGAUUGGUGCUUAACAAUUGGUCGUCAAAAAAAUAUACCAGAAAACCCAUAUUCAAUGUUUGAAGGUGUAACAGGUGUUACAUAUGCUCUAAUAGACCUGCAAGAUCCCGUAACAGCCAAUUUACCAGGAUUCUAAUUUUUCAACUAUUGCAGAUUGCGGAUUUUUUACAAAACAAUUGUCUGAUCUAUACAAGCAGUCAAAACCAAUGAAGUAUAUAAAACAGUUUUAUUUAAAUAUAUUUUAAUAUUAUUUUGAUAAAAUUGUAUGUUAAAAAAUAGCCACACAACUAUGUUUUAAAACAGAUAAAUUUCCUAUUUUUAAAUUUUUAUUCUUACCUAUGUAAUGUUUUUAC